CUGUAUUUUGUCCUAGCAUCCUGUGGUUUGGAGUGGCAUGAACUGUUUGGAGACUGCAUUUAGCAAUGGGGUCCACAACCUGUAUAACCAUGCCCUCUUUGCCUAUGUUUAUGGCUUAGCUGACAAACAGGAAAGAUAUCAAUAUUUUCUUGAAAAGUUGGACAAAAGAGCUACCAGAAGUGAUGGUUCAGUUUACUGGCAGAGAGAAAAUAAGCCACCAGCAGAACAUUUCCCUGCUUUCUAUUCCCGUGCUCCUUCUGCUGAGAUCGAAAUGACGAGCUAUGUGCUUUUGGCUUUGCUCAACAAAGCCAAACUUACACCAGAUGACUUAUCAUACAUUUCUCGCAUUGUGUACUGGCUUGUGAAACAGCAGAACCCAUAUGGUGGUUUCUCCUCCAGCCAGGACACUGUUGUUGCCCUCCAAGCUUUAGCCCAAUAUGGAUACCUCACCUUCUCUAAGGAAAGUCGUAAUACAAUUAAGGUCAGCUUCAUGGAAAUUCCCAAGAAGGCUUUCCAGGUGAACGACAAGAACCGCUUCUUACUGCAGCAAACUUCCCUACCCAUUGUUCCGGGGAAUUACAGUGUAGAAGUGUAUGGCACUGGCUGUGUCUAUAUGCAGACAACCCUGAGAUACAACAUCCAUUUACCAAAGAAGGCUGCAGGAUUUUUUCUCUCUGUAGAGUCAGCCAAUGUGUCCUGUACAAGCAACUUCCCACCAAAGUUUGACCUUGUCUUCUCUGCCAGUUACACAGGAAAUCGUAAUGUCUCCAACAUGGCUAUUGUUGAUGUGAAGAUGCUCUCAGGAUUUAAUCCCGAUAGAUCUUCCCUGAAAAAGCUUCAAUACCAGCCUUCUGUUGUGGAUCAUGUAGACAUCAAGAAUGACCACAUCUUCUUCUACCUUCAGAAGCUCUCCCAGAAAGAAAUCAGCUUCUCCUUCAGUGUAGAACAAAGUCUGCCUGUGUCAAAUAUCAAGCCAGCACCAGUACAUAUUUAUGAUUACUACGAAACAGAUGAAUAUGCCUUUGUAGAAUAUAAUACGCCUUGCUCCCCACCUUCCAACUGAAGUCACAUAUGUGCCAGAAGUAAUAGGAUAGAAGAUAUCAGACAAACAUUUGUAGAGAAAGAAGAUAAGAGACAUUGUUGUUUCUGAUGAGGGCAAUGGAAAGCACAUAGAGGAAUAAGGAAUAAGCAAAUCCCAACUUUCAAUCUUGUAAAAUGACUUAUACUGGCCAAGGCUUCAAAAAAACCAGAACAAAAAAAACAAACAAAAAAAACAGCCUUUGAGUCAGUGUGGAUCAGAAACUCUAAAUUAUGUGGGUUUCCUAAUAGGAGAGGAUCUGUGCAGCCAUCCACCCUUUUGGAAAUACAUGCCAUAAUUUCAGUGGCAGCUUCGUGUAGAAGAAAACUCCUGAAACAUGCAUUCUUGGCCACAGAUUCCUCUUAAGAAACCUAACAUUUGGAGAAAAAUCUGCUGCUGCUGUUUUUUGCUUUUUUCUAUUCAUCUUGUGGAAAGACUCAAGAAAUGACAUUGAUUUCCACAUUUUUCUGUGAUUGAACUUGGGUAGUAUUGCUCGCAGAUGUUAAAUUUCUAGUCACAAGAAGACAACUUUUAUGCAGUUUUUGCUUCCAUUUAGAAAGAUUAUAUCCAGAUUAAUAUCUCAUAUUUUACUGUUCCUUGAAAUAAAAUGUUCUGAUUGGUAAUACUAUUUUUCUCAGUCCUCACUCUUUGUUGUAUGGGUGCUAUAAGGUUUUUCAUUAACUAAAAACUCAUACCAUUCAUAGGCCAAUCAUUGACAUCUUGACACCAGUGAUGUCUUGUGACACAAAGUAUCAGGGCUUUGGCUUCUGUGAUGGAAGCUCUAUUGCCAAUGCAUGAUAGUGAAGAAGAAAACAGAGCUGCAAAACACAGGAAAUCUUUUGAGAAUGUUUUAGGGAGGAAUUUGUGUUUGGAGAGAGAAAAAUGAGAGCAACAGGGAACUUAAGAUGAGGCAGGGGUGAACUACAAGAGAUUUCCUGUCAUGUUUUCUUCAUUUAAUGAACAAGUACAGCGGACAGCCACACACUGUGGCUACUGCCCCUCGCAGUCUACAGUAACCAGAAAUGACCUUUGUCCUGUCCAGCCCACACUGGUGAAAGGACAUUGAAAUUAUCAGCAUAUCCAUAACAAUGUGAGUAUAAAUCUGCCAAUUGAAUUAUAUCACAGGGUGCCAAACACUGACUUGUUGAAUGCAGUUUUCUGCAAGUUCAGACCUGCGAUAGGGUUCGUGUCCUCCAGCAUGGGCUGGGUUAUUACAACUUUCUUCGAUUUAGUCCAUGGUUGUCCAACCUUUUGAUUUGCCUGGGCCACAUAUAAAAUAUAUAAU